CUUUUGGUAGGUGGACUUACCAUUGUGGCAGGCUUCAUGCAGAUAAGGAAAACAGCAAGUUUUAUGUCUGUUUUAAUUGAGUUAGCUCCUCUUGGCAAAAAACAAACUGUCAGAGAAACUCAGCAGGUUGAGCAGCAUCUGCGAAGUGAAAGGAAUUGCCGACAUUUUUGGGUGAGAGUGGAGAGGAAAGAUGGCCAGUCUAAAGAGGAGAGGGAGAGGACUGACACAGAGGCCAAUAGUUGAUAUGUGGACCGAGGGGGAAUGAAGGAUAAUAGGUAGGUGGAGGAGGGGUGGGGUUUGAAGACAGGCAGGUGGAUGAAAGGUGGAAGCAGACAAGGUAUACAAGAUGGCAGAUGGGACCAGUUGAGGAAGGUGAAGGCAGAGUCACCUGCUGAGGCUGAUAAGCUGAGACAUAAAGGUGAUCAAUCCUGGGAUCUCAUGACUAAGGAAGGUGGGAAAGAGAAAUCUAGUGGGUAUUCUGUGCAGAGAUUCCUAUUGCUACACAUUUUUGUCCAGUUUUCUGAUUGUCUUCUGUGUGCUAAGUACACAUGCCAAGUGAGGAUAGAAGCAAAUCCAACUAUUUCAUGUGAUCCAAAAGCGUUCCCACAGCCCCAACAUGUUGUGAUAACAUGCAUGAGCUAAAACAGUUGGCUCGCAUACUUACCAUUAUGUGUUAGUCAUUCAUGGUCUUGCGAAAGGGACACUGUUUGACUCAGUCUUUCCUUUCAAAGUCUUGUGUAAUUAUGUGAACAAUGUACUUUCAGUAAAGGCCUCUGAAAUCUCUUGGUGCCUCCAGUUAGUAACAAACUGAAGACUUGAUUUGUAGAUACAAGGAACUGCAGAUGCUGUUUCACAGAAAAAAAUGGCACAGUGCUGGAGUGGGGGACAGGUAGCAUCUCUGGAGAACAUGGAUAGGUAUUGAUUUAUAUCUGUUGAUACUUUUAAGGUGGGCAAAAAAAUAUUGGAGACAACCCUGGACUCCGAGUGUGGUUAUUCCUUUAGCAUUACAGCAAAAGCAGAUUGCUGGUGGAGAUUUGGAGAAUAAAAUAGAAGGUCAACAAGUCAAGUCAAGUUUAUUCGUCACAUACACAUACGAGAUGUGCAGUGAAAUGAAAAGUGGCAAACAGCCCAUGGUACAAUCUGCUGCACAUAAACCUCUGCCCAUUAUUUUGUGUGGGCUGUAGCAUUCAUUCAACGUCAUUGCUCUACAUGGACCACCUACCAGAACAAACCAUCUCUGUUUCUUCAGGUUCUUCUUUGGUAACUGGCAUGGAUCCAAUGAAAAUGAACAACCAGUCUGGAGACAUACUCCUACACGAAAGCAGAAAAACAUGCGUGACUCGCAAAAUGCAGAAAAUGGAACUCCUCUCUUGGAUGCAAAUUCCUUGGAAUACCUAUACUUUCAGGGACAGUAUGAUUUGAUUAAAGGCCUGGCCCCUGUUCGAGAUCCUAACAGUGACUGUGAAUUUCAUGAAAUAGAGAAUGAGUGUCUGGGAAUGGCAGUCCUGGCCAUGACACAUCAGGCCCUUAACCGGAAAAUCCCACUGCAAGAAAUCUCCAAGGAAAUGAGUUACAAGAAUUACAUUCCCGAGACACUGAACUCGAGCAUCAGGCAGCGAAACAUUCUGACUAGGUGUCGUAUCAAUAAUGUCUUCAAAAACUUCCUGAAAGAGUUCAACAACAAGACGGUGUGUGACAGCAGCGUGUCUCCUCAUGACCUCAAAGUCAAGUAUCUGGCCACCCUGGAAUCAUUGACCAAGAAUUUUGGAGAGGAAAUAUUUAAGCCGAUAAGCCUGUUGAUUUCAGCGGAAAACGAACGUUUGAUGAUCAACUAUGAGCCCAUUGAAAAGGAACAGAAAGAGAAAGAACAUGAGGUGAUGGUCGCCGGAAGUACGGGAAUUAAGUGGAGACGUAUACCAAAAGAGUCAACAACUAUUUUGAAAGAGAAAAAUAAAUUGCAGAAGAACAAGAACAAGCACCUGCCCAAAAGCAGUAAGACAGGUGAAGGCAAAGGUGUUCACAGUGAGAACUGGAAUCUAUUUUCUGACUUUUAUGAGAUCACGCACAUCACCUUAAAGGACUCCCUAGUUAUGAUCAACAAACAAGACAACAAAAAGUUGGAGCUUGAGCUGUCAUGCUAUGACGAAGCACUUUCCAUGGUAUCUUUGAUUGAUGGCUACUUCCGUUUGACAGUAGAUGCCCACCACUAUCUGUGCACAGAAGUGGCUCCGCCUCUGGUGGUGUGCAACAUUAAACAUGGCUGUCACGGGCCCAUACGCACUGAAUAUGCUAUCAACAAGUUGAAGCACGAAGGCAAUGAGGAUGGUAUGUACGUAUUGCGAUGGAGUUGUACAGAUUUCAAUCACAUCCUCAUGACAGUUGCAUGCAGUUCUCCCCCUGAGUGCGUUAACUUCUGCGAUCGAGGCAGCGGCUCAAGAAUGCCAAAGCAGUACAAAAACUUUCAGAUUGAAGUGAGCAGCAAAUCUGGCUACAGGUUGCACGGCUCUGACAACUACUUCACAAAUCUCGGGGAACUGAUGAAACAUCUCAAAGGGCAGAUUCUUAAAACCGAGGACAUCAGCUUCCAACUCAAAUCCUGCUGCCCACCAAAACCACGAGAAAUCUCAAAUCUGUUGGUGAUGACAAAAAGCUGGUCCCAGAUUUCACAGAUGGCUGCAAGCAACUACAACUUAAGUCAGUUGAGCUUCCAUCGAAUCCGCAAGGAGGAGAUUUGUCAGAAUGAACACCUUGGAAGAGGAACCAGAACAAACAUUUAUUCUGGGACACUGAAUUACAAAGAUGAUGAUGAAGAGAAUGGAAAUGUCUACAACACAAAAGACAUCCGAGUAGUCCUUAAGAUCCUUGAUCCAAGUCACAGGGCCAUCUCCCUGGCUUUCUUUGAAACGGCUAGUAUGAUGAGGCAAGUUUCUCAUAAGCACAUUGUCCUCUUACAUGGAGUUUGUGUUCGAGAUCUGGAAAGUAUUAUGGUUGAAGAAUUGGUUGAAUUUGGCCCACUUGAUUUGUUCAUGCAUCGAGAACGUGAACAUCUUUCAACUUGCACACCAUGGAAAUUUCUGGUUGCUAAACAGCUGGCAAGUGCAUUGAGCUAUCUGGAGGACAAGAACUUAGUGCAUGGCAAUGUAUGUACAAAAAAUAUUUUGCUGGCAAGAAAAGGGAUUGAAAAUGACGGCGGUCCAUUCAUCAAACUUAGUGACCCAGGAGUUCCUAUAUCGGUGCUGUCCAGAGAAGAACGUGUUGAGCGCAUCCCAUGGAUUGCACCUGAAUGUGUAGAAGAGUCCAAACACACGAGCAUUGCUAUAGACAAGUGGAGUUUUGGAACAACCCUGUGGGCCAUCUGCUAUAACGGAGAGGUGCCUCUAAAAGAUCGCAGCCUGGCCGAGAAAGAAAGAUUCUAUGAAGCUCGAUGUAAGCUAACGCCUCCAUCCUCCUGUAAGGAACUGGUCGAGCUGAUGCAACAGUGCAUGACCUACAACCCACCUGAGCGACCCUUCUUCAGGGCCAUUAUGAGAGAGAUUAAUAAACUCCAAGAGCAGAAUCCAAAUAUAGUUCCAGAAGAUGCACCAAAGGCAGAAAUCGAUCCAACCCAUUUUGAAAAAAGAUUCCUCCGUAGAAUUCGGGACCUGGGUGAGGGCCACUUUGGGAAGGUUGAGCUCUGCCGUUAUGAUCCAGAGGGUGACAAUACUGGAGAACUUGUUGCUGUCAAAUCACUGAAACCAGAUAGCAGUGACGAACACAAAGCAGAUCUCAAACGAGAAGUUGAAAUUUUAAAGACUCUCUACCAUGAAAAUAUUGUUAAGUAUAAAGGAAUAUGCACAGAAGAAGGUGGAAAGGGGAUGAAGCUGAUCAUGGAAUAUCUUCCUUCUGGAAGCCUUAAAGAAUAUCUCCCUCGGCAUAAAUCAAAAGUGACCGUAAAAAGUCAAAUUCUAUAUGCAUUGCAGAUUUGUAAAGGAAUGGAGUAUCUAGGAUCACUGCAGUAUGUUCAUCGAGAUUUGGCUGCAAGAAAUGUUCUUGUGGAAAAUGAAAACAGAGUAAAAAUUGGAGACUUUGGACUAACGAAAGUCAUCCAGACCAACAAGGAGUAUUAUAAAGUGCAAGAUGAUUUGGACAGUCCUGUGUUUUGGUAUGCACCAGAAUGCUUGAUACACUGUAAAUUCUACAUUGCUUCAGACGUGUGGUCCUUCGGUGUUACCUUGUAUGAAUUGAUGACAUACUGUGAGUCUGAACAUAGUCCAAUGAAUAUGUUCCUGAAAUUGAUUGGCCCAACUCAAGGUCAGAUGACAGUCACAAGGCUUGUGCGGGUACUUGAAGAAGGCAAACGUUUGCCUUGCCCAACACAUUGUUCUGAGGAGGUUUAUUAUCAUAUGAAGAAGUGCUGGGAACACAGCCCAAGUAACAGAACAACAUUUGAAAACCUUGUGAAUGUAUUUGAGGCUUUGCUUCAAUCCAUGUGAAUUUAAAUGUGGGUCACUGCAAGGAUUGAUUGUAUUUUUGUAACCAUGAGCAACUGUUAUGUUUAAAUAUGCAACUACUUGGUGUAAAUACUGUAUUACUAUGAUGUGUUUAAAUGGGAACUUCUAGAAGGCACAAUGCUGUAGUACCCGUGGAUAAUCAAAUUUAUCCAGACAAAGUUAAUUUUCCAAGACUUUUAUUAAACAAGAUUGCUUUUUUAAAUCUUUGCAAUUCAAAUUUCUAUUUCCCAUGCAAAUGUGUCCAGUAAUUAUUAAACAGACUUAAGACUGUUGUAAAUAUUAUUGAUGGUUGGGGCAAUUUUCUGAAAAGGCCUUUAUUGAUGAACAUCAAAUUUAUAUGUGCAAUCUUCAUGGGGGGGGGGGGGGGGGAGAGAAAACCAGGACUUCAGUAAAGACCAUCUUUCAGAUUAGAAAAAUAACGGCCUCAGCUACUUAUUUGGUUGGUGUCUCUCUAUUAAAUAGGAAGGAAGCUAUCCAUAUGUUCUGCUAAAUAUUUCUGUCUUUGUCGACUUCAAAAAGGUAAUUAACACGCUUAGAGUGAGCACUUGAUGUAUGCUAAUUGACUGUUGUUUCUGGGUUCGACCAGUGCACUCAGGGAAGGACAAGGUGCAAGUAAAUACUUGUUUUUUUCCCCUCUUAAUUUGUUUCUACAUUUUAUAUUUUGUAAUAUAACAAAAACAAUAAAUCUAAUUCAACUUCAAA